UACUCUGAGCUUUGUAUAUCCCAGCCUUUUUAUAUGUGACCCCAGGUCCCAAAUUAUUCUGCACUAAUAUUAGAAUAUCCUCACCCACAGGUCCCACAUUAGCUCCUUAUAUUCAACCCCACCCAGUCCUGGGUACCAUAAUAUGCCCUUUACUUCUCAACCCUCCCCAUAACCCAUAUUGUGCUUUAUUAUUCCCUAUCCCACGCCAAAUCUCAGUGCUCUCCAUGUUCCCUCCUUUCACCCUGCACUCUGCAUCCUGACACCCCCCUCCACAGGUCCCACAUGUGCUCUGUCCCUGCCAGCUGGGCCCUGUUCUUCCAAAUGGUAACAUGAAUCCUUGUGGUUCUAUUUUAAGUAGGAGACGUGCGUUGGGGACGGAAUGAGGGUUGAAAGUGCAGUGGUGGAAGAAGAGGAAAAGCAAAAGAUCUAAGCAAGAAGCAUCAUUUGGUGCGAUUCAAAGUGCCUCCCCUUACCCAGGUAUGUGGUGGGGGGAUGCCGCGGUGGACGGUUCAUCUAGAGGGGGGUCCACGAAGAGUAAAUCAUGCUGCAGUUGCUAUAGGAGUGGGAGUAUUUUCCUUUGGUGGUUACUGCUCUGGGGAGGACUACGAAACUCUGAGGCAAAUCGAUGUGCAUGUGUUCAAUGCAGUAUCACUUCGCUGGCGGAAACUCCCGCCCUCAUCCUGUGCUCCGUCCAAAGUCCCCUACAUGAGAUAUGGACACACGGCAGUGCUGAUCGAUGACAUCAUCUAUAUCUGGGGUGGGCGCAAUGACACGGAGGGUGCUUGUAAUGUUCUCUACACCUUUCACACAGGAACACAUCAGUGGGCAACGCCUCAAGUCACUGGACAGAUCCCUGGGGCUCGGGAUGGCCACUCCGCCUGUGUCUAUGAGAGGACAAUGUACAUAUUUGGUGGAUAUGAGCAGCUGGCCGACUGUUUCUCCAAUGAAAUCCAUAAACUGGACACGCGAUCCAUGAACUGGGCCUUAGUGAGAGCCAAGGGCAAUGCUGCCCGCUGGAGAGAUUUCCACUCUGCCACGGUAAUCGGCAGCCGAAUGUACGUGUUUGGGGGUCGGGCCGACCGAGCUGGACCUUUCCACUCCAACAAUGAGAUUUACUGCAAUCAGAUUCGUGUGUUUGACCUCCAGAUUGAGACUUGGCUGGACCCUCCUGAGAGCACCAAUCCCCCCGAGGGGAGACGCAGCCACUCAGCCUUUGCGUACCAGGGGGAGCUCUAUGUGUUCGGCGGAUACAAUGCUCGACUUAAUCGCCACUUUCAAGACCUUUGGAAAUUCACACCAGAGUCAGGCCGAUGGCAGCGAGUAGAAGUCCAAGGGAAGGGGCCAUGUGCACGGCGCAGGCAGUGCUGUUGUGUUGUUGGGGACAAAAUCCUUCUUUUUGGUGGCACAAGCCCUUCCCAGGAUCAGGACCUGCAGGACGAGUUUUAUUUGAUGGAUCAUUCUGACCUGUAUAUCCUGGACUUCAGUCCCAGUCUGAAGACACUGUGCAAACUAGCCGUGCUGCACCACAAUCUUGACCAGUCGUGUCUGCCCCAUGACAUCAGAUGGGAGCUCUCAGCAAUGACAACAAACAGUAAUAUUAGCCGGCCCCUGCUGUCCUCGCACGGAUAAACACUGCUGCCCCCCAUGUAUUCACUCUGUCCCCACCAGUCACAUGGUUUCUAAUUCAAAUAAACAGCUGCACUGGAUUGGAUAGCAAUCUUCCAGACUGACCUAUCACACGUCAUGAAUGCACACCACAAAGAUCUGCACUUGAGCACCCUGAGACAGCCUGGGAUCUGCCAAAACACAAGCAAGAACACUAGUGGGGUACAGGUGGUACAACUGGUGGGGCCCUGAGAAACAGUAUUUAUAUUUUGUUCAGUGUGACACCGGGGCCCCAGCUGAAAACUUGGUUCUGGCGUUCUACCCCCACGGUGCUCACCGACUGAUGGAUAUACUACUGUAUAAGAGCCACUUCAGAAAUGAGAAAAGACGGCACCUUCUUUGUCCUGCACAAGCGCUACAGGAACAGGAUACAUGUACCCUAAUACUGACUCCUCUGCCAAAAAGGGCACCCCCCCCCCUCGUGUAACUCACUCAAAUAUGUAAUUUCAAUAAAUUCUUUAUGUGAGA